UUCUCUUGCAGACACAUUCCAGGCUUUGAUCCAGUAUACUGUAUACCCAGAUGUAGUAGUUACUGCUCAGGCUGCCAAAAUGACUCUUGAUGUGCAGAACAUCUACUACAAUGCUUGCUGCACAUUGCAAAUUGAUACUACAGCAAGUUGAGCAAUCUUAAUGUCAAGUACAACAAUGACAAGUCAGGAGAUUACACCAACCGCAACCUGCCAACUGGUGACCCUACACUGGACUCUGCCUCAGCCAUUGGUGGCAUGCAGUUCACAGGUAUGCCCUGAGUUGGAGUGACCCCAACUGCUGCUGCUCUUAGCACUGCAGGACUGCGACUGACUGCCCAGUCAGCCGUCCGCCAACUGUGUUCUGCUUAGUCUCCAACCUGAAUGAGGAGGAGUGUAUGGCGAUGUACAACGCGUCAAGAUUCUAUUCAGUGAGAAGGAUAAUGCCCUGAUUCAGAUGUCUGAACCUCAUCAGACGCAGUUAGCUAUUUCACACUUGGACAAGAUGAAAGCCUGGGGCAAGCAAAUUCGUGUUGCUUUGAGGAAACAUCAGACAGUGCAGUUACCCAAGGAAGGUCAGCCAGAUGCUGGUCUCACUAAGUAUUACAGCAACUCUCCUCUGCACCGUUUCAAGAAGCCAGGCUCCAAGAAUUAUCAGAAUAUUUAUCCUCUUAGUGCUACCUUGCAUCUGUCCAACAUCCCACCCACUGUAGAAGAGGAGCAGAUCAAGGAUGCGUUUAGUUUAGCAGGGUGUGAAGUGAAGGCUUUCGAGUUCUUCCCGCAAGUGAUAUUUCUGUUCUUCAAGUCAUGUUGAUGUUGUAAGAACAGAAAAAUGGCCCCAUAUUCAGCUGGGAUCAGUCGAAGAAGCUAUUUCUGCCCUAGUUGCAAAAAAUGCACAACUUCCAACUGAGUGAUUCAUCCCACCUACGUACAUGGGAGUGUCAGCAAGAGCACCAUCUAGACAACCCAUGUGGAAGUGAAUGGGCCAGGGAUCAGAAUGCCCGUAGGGGCUCCAUAUUCCAGGAGCAUGUAUACCUGGGGAUAGGAAAAAUAUGGAUCCAAAGGAAGAUGAUCCCACUUGUCAGUUAUAGUUGGAACUGACCUUUCUUAAUUUAGGGCAUGGCAUUUUAAAUAGUAAUAACUAGCUUAACUAAAUGUUACACUUAAAGGAGGCAGGACCCAGAAAUAUUAAAAAGUGAGAGAGAAGAGCUGAUUCCAUAAAAAAAUGUUUAAGACUUAAUGAAGAAAAUUUUUAUUUAAUUUCUGCACCCAGAAAAGUUUUGGGUAUUUGGGUAACAUAUCCAUAUGAUAUACUUUCAUGUAAGUAAAUUGGCAAAAUAUAGCUUGUAGCUUGAUGUCUUUUCUGUGUAAGGUGAAGGUUAAACAGUAUUAGGGGUGUUUUCACCCCAGUUGUGAGUGAAAUAAGAAAAUUUAAGAAAACCUCUGGUACAGUAAGUUCCUCAUGCUCUCUUAGAUUACUCCGGAAUUAAGUGUUAAAACCUCAGCCAGCAUAAGCCAUAGCAGAUUCUUUUAAUACAGGUAGCUCUUUUAUUUUAAGUGUUUGCAAGUGAUAAAUGUUUAGAGCUAGGUGUAAGUAUACAUGAAUGAAAAUAAAAGAGAAGAGAUGGGCUAAAUUCAUAAAGUAGCCAGUGAAAUUUUCACUAUUCAUAUUUUUGGGGGAAAUAGAGGAAAUAUAGAACUGGUAAUUUAUCACAAUGUGUCCGUGUUAUUAAUAAAGGGAUUUUGACGAAGGAAAAAUCUAUUUCUGGGGAGAGACCUGUGUCGCCCGGUGAAAAGGUCCUUCUUGUCACUUUUCUGAUAUAAAUAAUUUCCAAU